AUCCCCCAACGUGUCAUCCGGCUAUACCCCCGGCGUUCCUAUUUCAACGGUUCGCAUCACGGCAUCGUCUUCCACGCCGACCCGACUGCGACCAACCAGAUCGAUCGAGUCCACACACAUCCCAUCACCUAGCGAAGAAGAACCAGCGAGCCAGAGCACUCGCCGGCGCAAGGGCAACGCGUCGUGCUGCGGCGGCAGGCCGUUAUACAGCGGAACAAGAAACAAUGGCGCAGCUGGUGGACAAGGCGAAGGGGUUCGUCGCCGACAAGCUGGCCAACAUCCAGAAGCCGGAGGCGGAGCUGGCGGACGUGUCGGUGGGUCACGUCGGCCGCGACGGCGCCACGCUGGCGGGGCGCGUGGACGUGCGCAACCCGUACUCGCACGCCAUCCCGGUGUGCGAGGUGAGCUACUCGCUGCGGAGCGCCGGGCGGGAGGUGGCGUCCGGGACGGUGCCCGACCCGGGGUCGCUCGCCGGCGGCGGCGCCACCACGCGCCUCGACGUGCCCGUCAAGGUGCCCUACGACUUCCUGGCUAGCAUCGCCAGGGACGCCGGCAGCGACUGGGACAUCGACUACGAGAUGCGCGUCGGGCUCACCGUCGACCUCCCCGUCGUUGGCAACCUCACGCUGCCGCUCACCAAGUCCGGCGAGCUCAAGCUCCCCACGCUCUCCAGCAUCUUCUGAGCGAUCUCUCUCUGCUGCUCAGGGACAAUAACCCCUGUCACGACUCACGUUGCUACUUUCUGCGGUGCUGCUGAGGAGCAAAGGCCUAAAAUGAUGUGUACGUGCUGUUUCAGACGAACAAAUAAAUAAAUAAAUAAAUAAGAAAAGGGCGCAUCCGAUUGGAUUCACGUGGCCCGUAUCACCAAA